AUCAGUUAUUCUUCAACYGUCUACUUGUUGCGUCUUAUUUUCGUGUGUUAGUGAAUAGUUGGUGGUGCCGUGUCGUGAUUUUUAAUGUUUUUGUUUUAAUUUUUAUAGUUUUAGUUGUUUUAGUAGUUUAUCCUAUACCUUGUGUAUAGCAUAAUAGUACUUAUUCAUGUAUAUCUGUUAACCGGUGAAUAAAUUCAAAUAUGAAAAAAGACAUAAAAAAAAGUUCGUAUUACGUUUGGUUUCUCGGAGCUCAGGAAUGUAAGAACGUGAGGGACGUAGAAAGCAUAAUUCCCGUGAUAUCGGCUCUGGCUGAAAGGGAAAAGAAAGUGACGCCAUACAAGUUCACGCUCCAGGUGAGUCACAGGGGAUUAAAGAUCGUGCACAACGUUUCGGCGUUGAUAUCGCUGCCGGGCGGCAAGAGUUCGAAAAGCGACUUGGUCAAGCACCUGAUCCCCGAUCACGCGGUCACCUGCGUCCACCAGGACGAGGACCUGGUGGCCGUGAUCCUGCUCCUCUACAACCCCGUCACCAAGUGGCCCGUCCACGUGCACGUCUAUCGGUGCGACACCGUCGAGACGGCCACUCUGCUGUCCGCGCAGCUGCGAAUGCUGGUCGACCGGCCGGAGAACAAGAAGAAACUCAACGACAUCGAAUCGAGACUGCAGUCCAAAUCCGAAACGCACGGCGCCGGCGCCCGGAGCGAUCGGAAAAGAGAGUCGCCCCCCCAUUCGCCCCCUCAUCGACAACCGCCGUUGUCGUCGYCCGACGGCGGGUUGACGGGUCCGGGCCACGUGACGACCCUGUACGAUUCGUUGGCGGCAGAGUUGAAAAAAAAAUUGGGCACCGGUGGCAAGACCGGCGGCGUGCCGAUUCUGCUGCCGCCCAGAGAUUAUGAUACCGUGCACAGACACCGGGGAAACCUAAACGGUAUCGACUUUCGACGGUGCAUGAGUGCAAACAUCGUCGGUGUCAACAGCAGUGGUGCAAGACCGCAGCUAGAUUUCCGAAGGUCUGGCACGAAAAUGGGAUCGAGUGGCGGAUCUAGCGGCAUAGGAUCCGAUCAUGCACCCAGUCCGGAACAAUACGAACCGGAUAACGCAUACGCGGAUAACAAUUCGUCGUCAGAUGAUGACUGGAACGCUAGUCCGUUAGAAGAACCAUUGUUUGCAAAGCCUACUAGUGACCAUCCGUUACCCAGAAUUAGGAGACAAGACAGUGGCGUUGACAGUAGCAGUAGCCCAGUGACAUCGCCAGAAAAAGACUAUUACAAUGGGAGACAAGAAGUGCAACAACACAUCAAYGUUUCAAAUGUUAAACGUCAAAACUUUAGUAAUAGCAAUAACAACAACAACAACAUUGCACCAAACCUGAGGGAAAAAUAUUCAGAUCGUAACGUUGCGCUGGUCCAACCGAGACCGAGAAACAGUGAAGUGGCCAAGAACGUUGCACCGACGCCCUUAACCGCACCUGAAUACAGGAAAAAGCCUGUAGAAAUCAGGCAAAGAACACCGUCUCCAAGUCGUUCGACAGUCAGAGAAUCCCCGCGCGAGAGAUUCAAGGACGCUAAAGAAAAGUUCCUCAUGUUGGAAAAAGAACGGAUCGACGAGCAACGAUCUGAACUAAAAAAGCGUCUUGAACGACAACGCAAAGAAAACGCAACGCCCAUGAUCCGAGCAGUGGUCAGAGACUCUUGCAAUUGGUCACGAAGUCACCAUUCUGACGACGACGAAAUAGUUAGGAAUCGAUAUGAUGACGAUGGUGAUUAUGACGACGGUCAUUUUGACCACCAGGCGGUAAAAAAUUACAGAAAAACCAAUAGACCGAGAGAAGGUUUGGAUACUGCAGAUUACAAUGGUGGUUAUUCAAAACCAAUUUCCAAUAGACAGCCUAGAAACUUCCAGGUAAAUUUUAAUUUUAAAAUGAAACACAGCUCUUAUGUUCACAUAGGCAUUUAAUGACGAUAAAAAGUGGACU